AGGACAGAGUGGGGAAAGGAGCAAGCAGAGUUAGAAGCCGGACAAAAGAACUUAUAGAGCCCUUAUGUACACAUUUUGCUGAUGUUUUAGAGCGCGCGGUGUGGUGAGAAACUAUCGCUGAGCUCGGAUGGACUUGUCUGUGUAGUUAUGGAACCCCCUUUAAGCAAGAGGAACCCGGCGAUAAGAUUAGCGGAUUUGGCUGCAACUCAACCCCUUCCUCAUCAGAAUAUGACAGGCUUCCCGGGGCUAGGGGGGCAUCACCCUCUUUCCCACCAUGCCCACCUCCACCCUGGGGAGCUGGGCAACGACCCUGGAGUGGCACUCACUCCAUUUGGACCAGAGCACAUGGCACAGACAAAUGCUCUCAAACUUAGCCCAUCUCAGCACAUUCAGAGCCAUCCCGAAGCCCAGACCGCGGCAUCUUUCACUUCAGCUCAGACCACAGUUGGUUUCCCCGUGGCUCACCCCCACUCAGGCUACUCAAGCAGCAGGGACUUCAUCCUCAGGAGAGAACUCUCAGCCUCUGCUAUGCAUGCACUUGGCGACCAGCAUAGUUCCGCCUCCUCCCCUCAUCACCAUGGCAUGUUCAUUUCGCCAACAGGUGCUUAUGGGCACGCGGAAAGUGGGGCCCAUUCACUUUUCACCGGACUUCACGACCAGGCGUCCCCAGGUGCCCACCACCAUGGCCUCAACGGGCAGAUGCGCCUGGGUAUACCGGGGGACAUCUACGGCAGGCCAGAGCACUUUGGGCACAGGCCGGAGCACUAUGGACCAUCCUCUCUCCACAGCUACAACUCCAUGAACCUCAAUGUGAACAUCGCUUCUGCUCCUCACGGAGCCGCGGGGGCGUUUUUGAGAUACAUGCGGCAGCCCAUCAAGCAGGAGCUCAUCUGCAAGUGGAUCGAGCAGGAGCAGAGUCAGAAAAAGCCCUGCUCGAAAACUUACAGCACCAUGCACGAGCUGGUCAACCACGUCACGGUGGAGCACGUCGGGGGACCGGAGCAGAGCACCCACGUCUGCUUCUGGGAGGAAUGUCCGCGGGAGGGGAAGGCGUUUAAAGCGAAGUACAAACUGAUCAACCACAUCCGAGUUCACACCGGAGAAAAGCCCUUCCCGUGUCCAUUCCCGGGAUGCGGAAAAGUGUUCGCUCGGUCGGAGAAUCUCAAGAUCCACAAGAGAACUCACACAGGAGAGAAGCCCUUCAAGUGCGAGUUCGACGGCUGCGACCGUAAAUUCGCCAACAGCAGCGACCGGAAGAAGCACUCCCACGUCCACACCAGCGACAAGCCUUACUACUGCAAAGUGCGCGGCUGUGACAAGUCCUACACUCACCCGAGCUCGCUGCGGAAACACAUGAAGGUGCACUGCAAGUCCCCGCCACCCCCCUCCACCAACCUCACCUACAUCUCCCCCACGAACCCCCUGGGGGACCCAAUGUCCCCGACUUCCGAGGCACUCAGGAACCGCUCGGCGAACCUCUCGCCUCAGGUCACCAACCUGAACGAGUGGUACGUGUGCCAGGGCAGCGCGGGGCCCAAUCACCUCCACACCCCCUCCAGCGACGUGCCAACGUCAGACUCGGACGACGAAGACUCUUACAGGAACUCAGACCAGAGGACGAUGCUCUGAUGCCCACCAGUCAAACGUGACCCUUUUCAGUUUGAAGCUACAAGGACCCACUCAAAAUCAGCAGAACAAAGAUGGGGUGGGUGGGAUGUGGGUUUAACUCCACCAGCAAGAACAUUUCGAUCCAAACCACAACUUGAUCUGACUGGAACAUUUGCCACAUUAUUUAUUUCUAAGGAUUUAUACACAGGGUUAAGAAAAUGAAUUAGGACUCAUCUUGUUGCAGUUAAUAACAAAACUAAUCAAUCACUGUCAGGUGUGGGGGGAAGGUCACAGAGGUGGCAACAAAAUCUAAAAGAGGCCUUUAAGAAGGGUUUAGUACAAAAAGGAGUGAAAAAAAUCCGAGUGUCUUAAGGCUUCACUAUUUUCCAGAUUUAUAAACUACGUGCACCUGGGUGGAAUUUUGUAAUAUUUAUUUAAGACUGUAUUUUAUGCAAAGCUACACAAGUGUACUGCUUGUUAAAUGAUUCCUUUACGUCCCAGGAGACACUAAAGUCUCCACCACAGGCUGUUGUUUUUUUUUUAAAUUUUGUGUAUAUAUGUAAUUGUUCUGAUGCUUGUGAAUGUUGUGUAGUUUUAAUCGCAAAGGAAAUUUGUUUUGUACAUUGUAAUUUAUUUUCUGGUAUCAGUGUUGUUACAGAAACACCAAAGAAUAUUAAUAAUAAUAAUAUUAAUAAUAAUAUGAGUUUUGGUGAUGUGUAGAGCCCUGCUGAUAUUCUCUUUUUUUAAACUCUUGGUUUAUUUUUAUUUGUGCUCUGUAAAAAGAAGAAAGGAAAACAUCUACUUGAAUAGGCUGUGUAAUGUGAAAAGUCCCUUUUUUUAUUUCUCGCAUGCCUUUUUGUAGUGAUUUGUCUUUCACAUGGAGGUGCAUGGUGCCACUGGACAUUAUGGAUUUAUAAAAAAAGAAAAGCGAGAGAGAUGAAUCAGCCUUUGAUGUUCAAGAUUUCAUUAAAAAAAUAAAAUUCAUCCUGAUAUUUAAUUAAAAAAAGUCAGAAUUCAGUCAGUGAGUCAUUUUAAAAUAAUAAAAUUAGGAGUUUUAUUUAAAUAUUUUAAAACGUAAGCUGCUGCUUGUGAUUUUAUGUAUUUAUUCCUUUUGUUUUGGCAUAAUAAUUGCUGGGAGGUUGCACCUCUCAUGUCAAACAGUGUGCAGCUUGAUUCUGGACUGUAAAUAAGAAUCAACAAAUCAGCUCACAACUUGGA